AAUCGGAGCCUGAGUCGGCUUGAAGCAGCGAGAGAAGCUAACUGCAGCUCUAAUCUCCGGCGCAAGAGUUCUCGACAGUAGCGAUGGGUAAGGUUCAUGGAUCUCUGGCUCGUGCUGGUAAGGUGAGAGGCCAAACUCCGAAGGUGGCCAAGCAGGACAAGAAGAAGAAGCCACGCGGCCGCGCUCACAAGCGUAUGCAAUACAACCGCCGCUUCGUCACCGCCGUUGUGGGAUUUGGCAAGAAGAGGGGACCCAACUCUUCAGAGAAAUAAAACUUGAGAGAAUGAGGACUUCUGUUGGUGAAGAUGCUUUUCUUGUUCUUGUCAAAAUUUCUCAUUACUCAAGUCUUGUAGUGGUUUUAGUUACUUUGGCUAAGUUUUAACUAUGAUGAAGACCUUCAGAUAUUGAAUGCAGAGUUUAUUGAGUUUUUGCUUCCUACAACUGCACUAAUUUUCACUAUUGAAUUAGUGACAACAAUAACAGUGUGGGUUUUAUUCUUUA